CUUGUUUUAGUUGUUGAGGGGGAUGAAAUUCCUCUGUAUGAGGUGAAUGAUAAUGCCAUGCAUUCUCCAACUGGCUCUGCUAUGCACACAUUCUCCGUAUCCACUUCGUUAUCCUCUAACACCUCCACUUCAUAUCCAUUGAAGAUUGUUAAAACCCUAAGCUCCUUAUUUGGGCAUUUGUGAUCUUUAGAGUAAGGUCCAUCACACUUAAAACAGAUUCCCUUCCUUCUCUUCUCAUCUAGCUCUGCACCAUUAUUAUGUCUCCUUGGUCUCUGUUCAUAUUUGUUUACUUGUCUGUCAUUUCCUUGAGUUAAGUCUGUAGUUAUCAUCUUUGACUUCCAAGUAUUAUUGUUGUGACCGUAGUUACUCUUGUAGUCAGAGACGUUUGGAUCCUUAAGUUCCUUGUCGACUAUUUGUAACUCCCUCUUAACCACUCUUCACAUUAAACUAUUUUCCAUAGCUCUUGCUUCAGCUAUCAUCUCUGGGAGAUCUCUAGGUUUCUGCAUGUGAACCAAUUCUUGCAUUUCCCUUGUCAAUCCGUUCAAAAAAAUACCCUCCAGUUUCUGAUCAUCUAAUCCAGUUACUUGUGAAGAUAAAUCUUCAAAUCUCUGCACGUAAUCUGAGAUAGAACCUGUUUGUUUGAUGCAAAACAAACUUUGAAUUGGUCCUCUAAUCUUCAAAUUGCCAAACCGUAGCAUCAGAGCAGCUUUAAACUGUUCCCAACUUCCAAAUUGUCUCAUGUUGGCUUCCCAAUUAUACCAGCUCAGAGCUUCUCCUUGUAAGCUUACGGAAACUAAAGCCAGCUUCUCUGCUUCAUUAUAACCACCCAUUCUGAAAAAUCUCUCAACCCGAACAAUCCAACCAUAUAUUCCAACUCCUUCGAAUAUUGCCAUCUCCACAUUUCUGAAUAAAUUCUCUCUAAGCCCAGGCCUAAUUUGACUAAGGCAAGGUUCCUGAGGGUAGACAGAUACCUGAUUGCGGCGAUGUUGAUUUCUCGCGGCUCCGGAUUGACUCGAACCAGCAACUUCUCAAACCGUCUCCGUCGCAGGUCCAGAAGCAAUCAAGAAAUCAAGCUUGCGAUGGAUCUCCUUCAUCUCGUAAUCUCGUUCCGCAAAUUUAUCAUUUAUGCGAUCUUCGGAUUCGCGAAUCUUUGUUCCCAAUGCGGCUAAUUGAUCGUAGAUCUCCACUGAUGCUUGCUCCGACAUUGAAAACUCCUUCACCGGUGUCAAAACUUGCUCCAUCACCAUCUCGAUCUUGAAAUUACUCUGAUUUGAUAAAAUCCCCAAUUUGUGUGAAAUCCCUAACUCUCUCAACGUUUGAUUCGAUCGCAGAUCACAAGCGCACCAAUUGAUAGAAUAAGAACACUCCUUUGUAUUAUAUGAAUGAUGAUACAACGAUAUCGGAACUGUAACCGUAAGAGCCUUUAGACGCAGCUAAAGCAAUACUCUCACUCCUCAGAAGUCACAUACGACUCUGUUCUCACUCCUCUCCAACGACAUAACCGACUCUCUAUCUUAUUUACAAGCUUAUAUACACUUUGCUUAACACUCACGUGCUCUAUUCUUCUUCCACACGUGUUCCUUCUACUCUUUGCUUCUUCCUCACAUAGACCCGAUGGGGCUUAUCAGUUUCUUUCGGAGUGCAAGGGGCUUGCGGCAGGGUUUGUGAUCUGCAUGAAUACUCUCUCUACGCUCCUUGAUAGAGCCGCAAUUGCUCAGAAGUUUGGUUACCACCCUCGCUGCAGGAGUAUCGGAUUAACUCAUAUUUGUUUUCUAUGAUGGACAUGUUUCCUUGAUGGAAGGGGUUCUCGAGGUGUUUAAGCAGUUUGAAGCAUUUUCUGCCCUAAGCAUAAGUUUGGAGAAAUCAACAUUAUUCAUGGCUGGAGUUUCAAGUUCUGUUCGGACUGAAGUUUUGGCUCAGUGGUUCAUUGCCGGUUUGCUAUUUAGGCCUCCCUUUACUUCCCAGGCGGAUGUCUCUUGAUGAUUGCCUUCCACUUGAAAAGAUCCGACAGCGUAUCAGGUUCCUGGCAGAGUCGGUAUCAUGGCAGGGAUGUUUGUCUUCCCAAGUCUGAAGGUGGUCUUGGACUGCAGUCUUUAGCAGAGGCAAACAAAGUUAGCUGUUUCAAGCUAAUUUGGAGACUGGUUUCUGGUAAACUAGGAGACUGGUUUUUUGCAGGUUAACAAACCUUAUCUUCCAUUGGCAUCAGGGGAAUAUUCUGUUACAACCGGCAUUGCGAUAGUAGCUUCCUUCUCCAUCAUGAGUUUCUGGCUGGGGUGGAUUGUCGGUUCGUGGCCAUUGUUCUGGGCUCUUUCCGUGAGUUUCAUACUCGGUACUGCAUAUUCUAUACAUUUGCCACUUUUAAGGUGGAAAAGAUUUGCGUUGGUUGCAGCAAUGUGUAUCCUCGCUGUCCGAGUUAUUACUGUUCAAAUCGCCUUUUAUCUACAUAUUCACACCCAUGUGUUUGGAAGAACAAUCUUGUUCACAAGGCCUCUUAUUUUCGUUAUUGCGUUUAUGAGCUUUUUCUCUGUUGUUAUUGGGUUGUUUAAGGAUAUACCUGACAUUGAGGGGGAUAAGAUCUUUGGAAUCCGUUCCUUCUCUUUAACUCUGGGUCAGGAAAAGGUGUUUUGGACAUGUGUUUCACUACUUCAAAUGGCUUACGCUGCUGCGAUUCUGGUUGGAGCCACGUCUCCUUUCAUUUGGAGCAAAGUCAUCUCGGUUGUGGGUCACGUUAUACUUGCAACAACUUUGUGGACUCGAGCUAAAUUGAAGAGACUAGCUUUGUUGUGUUUGUGUAACUUGACGGUGCUACUUUGCUUUCAAGCUCUUCCAAUUCAUUGA